AACAAUAAUUUUCUUCUGUUCGUUUCAAUUUUUUAGGACAAAAUUUUAGUAGAACAUUGGCGCAUUUUUACAUUUCGUUUCUUUUUUGAGAAAGAAAAUACACGAAACCUUGAAAUAUUGGACUUUGCUAAUUGCUAAACUUUGAAUAGGCGGUCCGCAUAAAAUAGAGGUGGCUAAAUGUGUUGUCACUUUCGUACUGCGUGAUUGACUAUAUUGUGAAUUGAGAUAUUAAUCUCCGGAAGUAAGGUGCGCCACAGAGACUACCCGUUCGUUGAUACCAAAAGUCAAUAACCCUUUAUACAGUUUUUAACUUUUGGAACAUCUGUUUAAUGCAGUGUAUCUACUUUUUUUUACUUAUUUGAGGAGCACUGUGUGACGCUUCCAUUCGUUAUUACCAAGUAAUUAAUUUUACUUUUGGUAUUUUUGAUAUUGGCAUUGCUUAUGCAGAUUAUAUAUUGAACGUUGCAAAAGAUUCGUGUUUCCGAAACAAAGCAUCGCUUUCCUUACCACUUCCGCUAUUGACUUUCAACAUUGAAGAAGUUCAAUAUUCGAUUUUUGUUGAACUUGCAACAUAAAUACUCGAGUUCCCGGUGGAUUGCUUUUUUAUUCCGCCAAAAUGUUGAACGAACGUCAAAAGUUAAUACUCGAUGCUAAAUUAGCGAAAUUAACAAAUCAACAUGUUAAAGUAAUUCAAAUCUUAAAGCACGUGAUUAAUACUGACCCAAAGAUAAGCAUUGAAGAGCUGUGUAUGCUAAACGCAGCCUACAAAUGUACCGUGGAAAAAGAGCGUGUAUCGAAGGCCUUAAAGUACUUUAAGGAACGCCAUUUAGCUGAGUACGAUCUAUCUGAUUCAGGCAGUGAGGCUGAAAAGUCCCCAAGUCACUUAAUUAUGUUGAACGAAAUAGCUAAAGUGGAGCAAGGAAUUUGUGACCUAUGCCAUGAGUUCAUAAAGCUUAUAACUGAUAAGCUAAUUCCCAAUUCCAUUUCAAACGAGCAUAAGAUGAUAUGCAAUAAGUUUAAAGGAGAUUAUUACUGCAUAUUGUUAGAAUUUACAACAGGCAAAGCACAUAAGCUUAACUUAAUGGAAGCUGAGAUGUCAUAUAUAGCAGCAAGUUUUUUCACAACCCUAGAUGAAAUGGAGCACGAGGAGAGAUUCUCACUAAAUUUAAACUACGCAUUAUUCUGCUAUUACGAACUAAGCGAUCCUGAGCAAGCAUACAUGAUCGCAGAUACUGGAUAUUAUAUAGCACUUUCUACUAUGGAUAAGUUGGAUGUUAUCACUGGAAAUGGAAUUGGAGCUAUUGCUAAGAUUUUGAAAGAAUAUAUGAACAUUUGGCAAAACCAGCGUUAGAUAUGGCAAAAUCAAUUAGCAACACUCAACAGGAUACGGCUUCAAAACUAUUUAGAAACUCGAAAUUGAGCAAAAUUCAUAGUUUUUCUGAUUUUCCAAAUUCUGGUGAUGAUUUAAAUUUUUUUGUGAUUUUUUUUUUUUUUUGUAAUAAACGGAAA